AUGGAGCGAGGCCCCCCGGCCAGCGGGGCCGGCGUGCGGUACAGCACCCAGCUGCAGGACAUGAACAACCUGGAUGAAGGGGUGGAGUUCCUCCCUGCCAUGAACUCCAAGAAGAUGGAGAAGCGCGGCCCAAAGCGGCAGGUGGUCAUCACUGUCCUGAUCAUUGUUUUUCUGCUUGUCUCCCUCACCACUGGCCUCCUGUUUUGGCACUUCAAAUAUAGGAACACACCUGUCCAGAAGGUUUUCAAUGGCCACUUGCGGGUUCUGAACUGGGAAUUCCUGGACGCCUAUGAGAACUCCAGCUCUCCAGAGUUCAGUAUGCUGGCCAAGAAGGUGAAGAGCACGGUGGAGGAGAUCUACAAGAAUCAUGCUGAUAUUGGUCCUUAUCACAAAGAGACAGUAAUCACUGCCUUCAGUGAAGGCAGUGUCAUUGCCUACUACUGGUCAGAAUUCCUUGUGCCCAAAUACCGGGAAGAGAGCCUGGACAGGGCAAUGGCUGACAAGCAGAGCCUGGUGCAGAGGUGGAACCCGCGCCUGAGAAACCCCAUGCUGAAGGUGGAGUCAGUCAUUGCUUUCCCUGUGGACCCCAGCAUAGCUCACUCCGCCCGGGACAACAGCUGCAUGUUCUCCCUUCAUGCCAAGGAAGGGGAGGUCACCAGCUUCACCACGCCAGGCUUCCCCAACAGCCCAUACCCCAACAAUGCCCUCUGCUACUGGGCAUUGAGGGCAGAUGCCAGUUCCAGCAUCAGUCUCACCUUCAAGACCUUGGAGCUGGAGCCAUGCAGAGAUGACAGUGACUACAUCAAGGUGUAUGACUCUCUGAGCCCCGUGGAGCCCCAUGCCUUGGUUAGACUUUGUGGGAAUUAUGCCCCAUCCUACAACCUGACCUUCCUCUCCUCCCAGAACGUCAUGCUAGUCACAUUGGUUACCAACAAGGAGGGACGAUUCCCUGGCUUUAAGGCUGAGUUCUUCCAGCUCCCAAAGAUGAAAGCCUGUGGUGAGACCCUGAAGGGAGACAGUGGCACCUUCACAACUCCCUAUUACCCAGCACACUACCCCCCAGACAUGGACUGUGUCUGGAACAUUGAGGUUCCCUCUAGAAAGAAUGUGAAGGUGCGUUUCAACAUGUUCUUUGUGCUGGAGCCUGGGAUCCCAGUCAGCUCCUGCACCAAAGACUAUGUGCAGAUCAACGGCACAAGGUACUGUGGGGAGCGCUCCCAGUUUGUGGUGGCCAGUACCACCAACAAAAUUGAGCUCCGGUUCCACUCGGACCAGUCCUACACAGACACAGGCUUCUCUGCAGAGUUCCUGUCCUACGACUCCAGUGACCCCUGCCCUGGUAAGUUCACUUGCAAUACUGGCCGCUGCAUCGACAGGAGCAUGCGCUGCGAUGGGUGGCUGGACUGUGUGGACGGCAGUGAUGAGAGGUCCUGCACCUGUACGGAGCAGCAGUUCAAGUGCCAGAAUGGCUGGUGCAAGCCCAGGUUCUGGGUCUGUGACAACGUGAACGACUGUGGUGACAACAGCGAUGAGCUACAGUGCAGCUGCCCAGCUGACAGCUUCAAGUGCGACAACGGGAAGUGUGUCCCCAGCACACAGAAAUGUGAUGGCAAGGAUGACUGCGGGGAUGGGACCGAUGAGGGCAGCUGCAGCACAGCAGGCCAGACCACGGUCCCCUGCAAGGAGUACACGUACAAGUGCCGCAGUGGACACUGCAUCAGCAAACAGAACCCUGAGUGUGACGGGGAGCAGGACUGUGAGGACCAUUCUGAUGAGGACAACUGCAACUGUGGUCUCCGCUCCUACAUCAGGAAGUCGCGGAUCGUUGGUGGGCAGAACUCGGACGUGGGAGAGUGGCCCUGGCAGGUCAGCCUGCACGUCAAGGGCCAGGGCCACAUCUGUGGGGCCUCGCUGGUGUCAGCAAGCUGGCUGGUGUCGGCAGCACACUGCUUCCUGCCACUUCAGGGCAUCAGGUAUUCAGAUCCCAGCCUAUGGACAGCCUACCUGGGGCUGACUGACCAAGGUGACCGGAGCGGCCCCAAUGUGCAAACCCGCAAAAUCAAGCGCAUCAUCUCCCACCCCUUCUUCAAUGACUACACCUACGACUAUGACAUUGCUGUGCUGGAGCUGCAGAGCCCUGUCACCUUCACAGCUGUCGUCCAGCCCAUUUGCCUGCCCGAUGCCACCCACAACUUCCCUGUGGGCAAGGACCUGUGGGUGACUGGAUGGGGAGCAACUGCAGAAGGAGGCACAGGAGCCUCCAUCCUGCAGAAGGCAGAGAUCCGGCUCAUCAACCAGACUGUGUGUAACCAGCUCCUGACAGACCAGCUGACACCACGCAUGAUGUGCGUGGGGAUCCUGACCGGGGGUGUGGAUGCCUGCCAGGGAGACUCUGGGGGGCCCCUGGUCAGUGUGGAGCCCAGCAGUCGGAUGUUCCUGGCUGGCGUGGUGAGCUGGGGCGAUGGCUGUGCCCAGAGGAACAAACCUGGGGUGUACAGCCGGCUCACGAGCCUGCGAGACUGGAUCCAGGAGCACACAGGCCUCUAGGGAUGGAUCCCUGCCUGGACACCUCUUGGACAGCGCUGGCUGAAGACACUUGGCAGUGCCAGCCAUGCACAGCCUCUACUGUGAACUUCAACCCUCCCUCUACCUCGCUGUGAGCGCCUGGGACUCCAUGUGCAGCCAAAGCUGAUGGUUGGGUGUAGGCCUUAGUCUGAGAAAUCUGUGUUUGGAGAAGUUUCUCUUGGGGGGGUAAGCUAGUGCAGCUCCCAUGAACAAUUUGAAUGAGCCAUCAUUCAAGAUUUCAUAUAGUAAUAAACUUUAAAAAAAAUCUAAUUGAAAAAAAGACAAACAGUUUGUGUUUAGAGGCAAACUUUAUUGGACAAGUUCAAAAACAAGGUUUCAGCAUAUAUUCUAAGUGGUGCAUUUGUUUUCAAACAGCCGUCCAUAUCCUUUCUCUGGUUUUCAGCCUUAUGGAGGUCUUACCAUUGUUUUGGGGAGAUUCCCUUUGGAAUCCCUCCCUUGUCCCACACCAUGGUCUCCUCCUUCUGUCCUCUGUCCAGCUCUGCUUCUGGCUUGGCCAAGUCCAGGACCGGGGGCCUGAAAGAGAGAUGUUGGGCUGAAACACCACCACUCACCCUGAGGGAAGCCACAGGCAGAGCUCAAAGCCAUCACUCACCCCAAAGAAAGCCAUGGGCAGGGCUCAAACACUAUCACUCGCUAUGAGAGAAGCCACAGGCAGAGCUGCUGGCACAUGUGGAGACCCAGAGCCAUUGGCAUCACUGCAUUGUGCCUUAACAUCAUACUGAGCUGAGCUGAUACAGCUUCUGCUGAGCCCCAGGUGCCUGGAAUCACUGUGAAGAGCACAAGGGCUGCACUGAAUUUUUCUUGGAGUGCUCCCCACAAGGACGACACCAAUGAGCUGUGCACACCAGCCUUACACCUGUCUUACUUUUGUAAAGAAAAAUGUGACUUUUGAAUGUGCUGAUUUUCUUCCUUUCUCCUCUGUAGUCUGUUCCUGCCCCAGCAAAGCACACUCCAGCUUAGUCCCUUCCUUACCUGUAAAUACAUUGUUUUGUAAAACUCUCAGAACUGAG